AUGGGAGUCACGUGGGUAUUCGAGGCGGAACAGACGGCCAAAUCGGUCGAACGGCUUCUCGAGUCGGCCGGCGCCGAGCUGAUCGGAACGUUUCUCGUCGACAUAACGCCCUUCAAUCCGCCCGUGAUAACUGGCGACUACGUGACGAACAUCGUGAUACACCACUCGAAAUACCCGCAAUCAACGUUUUCGAUUUGUAAGUUUUUGUAUCGAAUGGACUACUGAAUCCCUCUGUUUUGGUUCCGGUUUCAGGUCCAGUCGAUUCGUCGUUCAAAAAGAGUCCGAAGGCGGUGUGCGAUCGGGGUUUUGACCUGAUUUUGGCAAAACUCAGCAAUGGACUGAUCAUAGACACUCCCGGAAAGAUUGAAGUUUCAGAGAGAACUGGCUGCAGCUGAUAACCAUGCGAUUUUCAGAUCAACGGAAACGAGUUCAAACUGGCCGAUUGGUUCGUACGAGUGGGCACGGCAGUCCAAGGGACCACAAUGAAGGGAGUGACCGUGGAGGUAAAAAGAAAUCGGGAAAAAUAGAAGACAAGGCAUUUUCAGAUAGAAUACGACGCGUCGAUCGUCGUUGUACAGUGCAAAGAAAUGCUCAUCGAGUUCGUCACAGCGCUCUUUGAUAAAUAUGUAAUAUCUCCGAGUUGAAAGAUAGAAAGACUAUGUUAUUUCCAGGUGGAUACUCAGCCGGAAAUCUUCAAUUCAACGGAAAAGCCGGAGACCUACCUACCCCUAGACACUAUGUGGCAGUACCUCCUAAUUGCCGCUAAGAUGCGCAAAAAAACGUGA